AUGCCUGGCUAUAAACCCGCCACCACUGAAAACGUAUACCCAGCGCUUCCGUCUUCUUUUGAAGUAACACCAGAGCCUCAACUUUCAGGAACUUCGCCCUCUGGGUCCUCAGAUGUCCAAGAUCAAAAAACCCUGGCUUUACCACUUCCUUCUAGUGAUACUCCUCAGGACGUUCAGCAUAGUGAACCAUCACAUGGAGGCCCACUGGAGGAGGGAUCAAUUGGUCUAAUGUUACUCAAAAAUGUCCCUGGAGAAAACCCAGAUUCAGUGCCUAAAACCUGUUCAACAUGUCAGCUGUACCUGAUUGUGAUCUCGAUCAUUGUCAUCAAACUGGUCAUCAUCUCUGCUCUCUUAGUCAAGUUCCUGGCAUUCCCCUCUGAGUCAGGUGAAUUCCCUUUUCCUUGUGGUGUGAAGAACUGCAGUACUCCCACUCCGCCAUAUAUUCCGAUUGAGAAUCCAUGGAAUGAGACAGUGAACAUGACAGCAGACUGCUCAGCUAUAACCAAAGAUAACCUACGUAUUGUUGGGGGGACGUUGGCACCCAAGGGCAAGUGGGGGUGGCAGGUCAGCUUGCAAUGGAAAGGGAGACACGCCUGUGGAGGAACAAUCAUCUCUCCUCGCUGGGUCAUCACUGCAGCGCACUGCUUUGUUGAUAAAGAAGCGUUUACAACGAGUGACUGGGUGGUGUUGGUGAACACAGUCAUCAUCGCAGACAUCUUUCUGGGGAGACGUUACAGAACAAUGGAGGUCGUCUCCCACCCUCGCUUCAACAGCUACAACAACGACUAUGAUGUGGGCCUGCUGCGCACCGUCACUGACAUAGACAUGGAAGGUGGGGUGCGGCCGAUCUGUUUGCCUAGAUCAAGUGAGUCCUUUCCUCCUGGAGCACCCUGUUGGAUCACAGGCUGGGGACAUACUGAGGAAGGAGGCUUUGUGACAAACGAGCUAAGGCAGGCUCAAGUCAAGGUAAUAGCUCAAUCGGUGUGCUCCCACCCAAACGUCUACGGCUCGCACAUGACUCCUCGAAUGAUUUGUGCUGGCAUCAUGGAAGGAGGAGUGGACACCUGUCAGGGAGACAGUGGUGGACCCCUAGUUUGUAAGGCAGCCAGUGGGGAAUGGAGGCUGGCAGGGGUGGUGAGCUGGGGGGAUGGCUGUGGUCGGCCCAAUAAACCAGGUGUCUACAGCAGAGUGACCCAAGUGGUCCGCUGGGUUGUUAAAUAUAUAAAGGACAAAUCAGUGGACCUUGAGGAAACUACAGGAGCCAUGACCUUCAGCUCGCUAAAACCUGACACCUUAUAA